CUGCGGAACGAUGUCUAUAUAAACUGGUAAUUCAACAUCAAAUUCAUAAUAGUAGUUACUUAUUGUCAGUGAUACAGUUACAGCAACCAAUAUAAUAUUCGUUGGUUACAGUGAUAAUAAUCUAGCAUUAUUUUUGUUCAAAAAAUAUCUUUCAUUGUUUGUAGUGUUUUGUUUUAACGUGUUUUUGACUAUUUUAAUUUAGUGAAUUUUUUUGUUCGAUCUGGCAGCAAAGGAAGGAAUGCUGAGAACUACCAAGGACUGCCUGGCACUUAGAAUCCGUAUUAACUCCUUACACCAAACUUGGAAGUGGUUGCAUCAAACUAUCGCCCUUCACGACUAUCUCACUGCCCUUACAUCAGCUUCUAAAAACGUGUGUUACAUCAACUUCUUAACACAUUAAGGUACUUUUUAAAGGCACAACAUCUACAAAAUUAAUAUUCGUAAAUACUCUCAUACUAUAUAUACAUAUUUCAAAAUGGCAUUAUUCCAACGUACCUACACAAGAGCAAUUGCUUUGAUUUCAAGAAAUAACAAAUCCUACUCAACAUCGUCAGACCAAAACAUUAAAAAAUCUGUGUUCGUUUCCCAAUCUAAGGACAUUUAUACAAACUUAGCAUUAGAAGAUUGGUUGUAUCGUAAUUUUGAUUUUAAAAAUCACCACGUCUUGAUGUUGUGGCAAAAUGAUCCUUGUGUAGUUAUCGGCAGACAUCAAAAUCCUUGGCUUGAAGCAAAUGUCAACGAGUUGCCAUAUAUUGGCGAACAAGGAGUUCAACUUGCUAGAAGAAAUAGUGGAGGAGGCACUGUGUACCAUGAUAACGGAAAUCUAAAUCUUACAUUCUUUACACCUAGAGAUCAGUAUAAUAGAAAAUACAACCUGGAAAUUAUUAGUAGAAGCCUUUUCAGAAAUUACAACAUGAAAGUGGAUAUUUCCCCCAGAGAAGAUUUGACGAUAAGAAAUUUGAAACAGAUAUCUGGAACUGCUGCAAAAUUAGGAAGAACUAAUGCGUACCACCAUUGUACACUUUUAGUAAAUGUUAAUAAAGUGGAUCUGAGUAUGGCUUUACAAAAACCCGAAGCUGACAUUAAAACUAACGCUACACAGUCAGUGAGAUCAAAAAUCAUGAACUUAUGCGAAGAGAAUCCAAUGGUUAAUGUAAAAAAUCUGAUAACAUCCAUAGGAUGGGAAUACAUGAGGAUGCAUCCACUUAAACUGGUUGAUGGGGGUAUGGAGCAUGCUAAUAAACAAAAUGGCUUCCAGCUGGUGAAUCCUACAGAAGGAUGGUUCCCAGGUUUGACUGAAAUUAAGGAACAGCUUCUCAGUUGGAAUUGGCAAUAUGAAAAAACUCCAAAAUUCAACAUAACUAAGUCCUUCAAGGUUCAUGAUACCCUAGCUGAAAACUAUGGUAUUAAUGAGGACCUAAAGGUUAAUAUGGUUGUAGAGAAUGGAAAAAUUAGUGAUAUUAGCCUCUACGUGCCACCAGGUCUAUCCUCUCAAGGUUUCUCAGGAAAUGCUAACGUUAUUACUAGUCUCAUAGGCCACACAUACUCAGAAGAUGCAGUUCAUGACCUCGAAAUGAUGAUUAAUGGAUUGGUCAAUGAGAAACUAAGAUUUGGCUCAGAACAUUUAAAGCAAGUGAUGAAUUCUUUCUGAUCUAAUCAGAAUACAUAGGUGGAAAAAACAUACCAGUUAUUUAUACAAUAUUCAAAUAAGUACCAAAGAGGAUAAUAUUUUAUAAAUUUUUAUUUUUAAUAUAAUUUAAGUUUUCAACCAAAAAUACCAUAGAAUUAGUACAUAGAAGGUGGCAUAGUGUAAUUAAAAAAUAUAUAUAUAUUGAAUGUGCCAUUCUUAUUUCUGAUAGUUUGCUCAAUAUGGACUGGUAUAUUUUUCACCCAGAAACCUCAACAGACAUUUUAGUUAAUAGUGAAGUAAUUUUUGCAAGUGUGAUUUGCAAUUACCAAAGUUACCAAAUUAACUAACAAAUUUUUGCAAGUGUGAUUGACUACCAAAGUUUUAAUGCUUAAUGUUUAAGCUUUACCUUAAGGAUUCUGUAUGUAUUUUAUGAACGUUUCGAUAUAUUGCUGUUAUGAUUUUCAGAUUUUAUAUAGUUUAAUAUUUAGACAAUUUAGUUUAAGAAAACGCUCCGUACUACCGGUGAACAAGAAUUAAUCAUAUCAUUUAUAUUAAUACAAUUAUUUUUAGUGCACAGUUGCCAUCAAGUUAUUGCAGAAAACCUCAUUCUUAAGCUUACUACAAAGUGAUUUGAAUUUUAGUGGUGUGGUUAAGUUUCCAGCACAGGUAGAAAAUAAAACGAGGCGCUCAGAGCAACAGUGGCCUAACCCACAUCCCACAAUUUUACCAAAAUGCUUUUAUUACAUUAAAGUUAUGCAUUACCUACUUAAAUAUUUUCAUAUGCAGAGUGGCUCAAGCAACCAUUGUUUGAGCUACUCUGCAUCUGAAAAUACUUAAAUAAGGGAUAAGUUUAAUGUAAUAAAAGUGUUUAGGUAAAAUUGUGAGAUGUGGGUUAGGCCACUGUUGCUCUGAGCGCCUCAAAUGUUAAUUUAUUCUAAAUUAUUAUACCUGCUAUUCAGUAUGGUUACAUCUUGAAACUUAACGACAAGACUCAAAUACAAAUGACUGUAAUAGGAUUGAAAUUAAGGUUUGCUGCAAUAACUUAAUGGCACCUAUACUUUAUAGUUACCUACUCUUGUGUUGACUGUGUGGAUAUUCAGAAUAUUUUCAAACACUUUAUUUUGUGUUUAUUUUUAUGUAAGACUGGUUAAAUCUAUAUUUAGUGCUUUAUUUUUAAUUUCAUUUGCUUCAUUUAUAAAAUUUUACUUUUACAAAUUUCUUGUAUUGAUUUGGAGCUGUUGUGCCUUAACUAAAAGUAUGGCAAUAGUGUAUAAUUAAUUAAAAAUAAAUAAAAAAGUACAUACAAAA